AUGAUCGUUGAGGGUCACCAUUACGAACCGGUUGCGUACGGCGGACAAAACACGCAGGGCGGCGGCGCUGCCCCUAUCGUUUGCAGCUGUACGUCUGGUACCUGCGCAGCCACUGCGGGUGGUGAUGCACCGUCGUGUCGCUGUGGAUCCCUUUUAAGGCGCCCGCCGUGUUGUUGCGAGACGCUUCGCGAGGCUGCGACAGUGGAAAAUCAACAUAUAUAUAAUCAACAGCAACCACAGAGGGAAGGGGAGGAUGGGCAGCUGUCGCAGCGUUAUGCGUCUUCAUCUCGUCGUUGCUUCUGCUGCGUACCGGAGCGGGAGGAAUUACAGGAGUGCGAGCGGUUGGAGAAGGAGCAUCGGUAUCGAUCGAGGCGCGCGGAGCGACAACAACUUCAAAAGGCACUCUACAAUGAUAUGUGGAGUGGCGAGGCGCCGCGUUGCGGCCAUGAUCCGAGUCACUGCUACCGACCUAACACCGCUCACCUCCUGCGGUACUCGCAGAGGUCGUUCUACCAACGCGCUGUCGCAAUGGAGCAGGAUCGGCGACGGCAGGAUUUGCGGAAGGAGAUUGAGGCGAAGAGGCGCGAGCUGAGCCUUCGGGGCUCAAUGCGGCAGCCAAUCUGUGGCUCGAUGGCGUCUGACGGCGCUGUGCGCACCGUGGCGAUAUGUCAACCAAAGCGCGGGCGACUGGUCACGCGCGCUCCUCUCGUCAUCUGUGGGUCAGAAAACCUGCAGCAGCACGCACGACACCACCACCCUGGUAGGGCAGCCCCGGCGCCCCGAGGCGGCGAUGACUGCGACAGCAGUUCUGGCCGCCAACAAUUGCGUCCCCGAAAGCACGACAAGGGAACGAUGGCAGUUAUGCAGAGGAGCAGCGCUAUUCCCGCUGCUGGUAACGACGAUUCUCGAGCCGUCAAAUCUGCUGCUGAUCCUGCUGCUGCUGCUCCGUGUCUUUCCUCACGUUGCAGGUGUGGCAACGGGCAAGAGAUGAAGUCCCCAAUGUCGCCCCAGCGCUGUGACUGUGUGUGUUGCCGCUGCAAGCCUUGUAGCUGCCGAUGCAUGAAGCCUGGUGUGGCCCACUCCGCAGAUGUCAUGGCCGCCAUUGCGCAACAGUCAGCAACCGCACCGUCUGCACCACCGAAAGCGGUGGAAAAGAGGGAAGUUCCUGUGCCUCGUCGAGCUGUCUCAACCAUGACGACGCGAAGGCCAGCAUCACUGUCAUCGCGCUCGCACCCCAUUGCCGUCGAAUACGGCAGGAAAAUCUACAUAACAGACGACGCAUAUGUGGAACGCCGAUCGCAAGUUAUCGAACGACUGGAGCGGGACGGAUAUUUGCGUUGCCUCAACCCCAGUACACGUAGCCCGAGUGCGCCACUGCCGGAGAAGACGCGCAGGUGGACAACCACUCGUAGCACUAGUGCCCACCGGGUAUGA